AUGGAUUUCAAGUCGACUGAUGUCCUCAUUGUUGGUGCUGGCCCGGUCGGCCUGGUGACUGCCCUCGGCCUGGCACACCAAGGCAUUCCCACAAUCAUCAUUGAAAAACGAGAGUUGGAGGUUCAGGAGUCCUUUGGCCGAGCCAUUAGUCUCUUUCCCCGCACUCUCGAGCUCUUGGAACAGGUCGGCGUCGCCGAAGAAAUGGUUCAACAGGGCAACGCUGUACGGGGAAUCGCCACCUUUCGGGAUGGCAAAAGAGUCUCAGCCGUGGGACAGCAGUCAAUGUUCACUGCAAUGACCGGAACGUUUCACGACUAUAUCCUCAACAUUCGGCAAAAGUCUUCCCAGGCCGUCUUUUCGGCCAAGUACAAGGAAAUUUCGGGAACUGAGGUCCAAUACCAAUGGGAACUUGUUGACUAUCAAAUCGACGACAAGCCUCAAGACAAUUACAAUCUCACAGCCGUGCUCCAACAUCCUCAGCAUGGAAUACGCUCGGUGCGGUGCAAAUACCUGGUUGGCGCCGACGGCGUACAAUCUCAAGUCCGACAACUUGCCAAGAUUGAAAUGAUCGGCGACGAAACGGCAUACGAAUGGGUUCGUUUCGAUGGCCGUGUCAAGACUGACAUUUCUGAGGUUGAUCUUGGCUUUGUGACAAUCAAUAGCGCCGAGUACGGCAGCGCCUUCAUAGCUCGGCUUGAUAAGGAUGUGUGCCGCCUCGGAUACGUCUUCACCCCGACGCUCAAGGCCAAGUAUCCCCAAGGUCUAAGCAAAAAACAGGCUCUUGAGGAGGCGAUCAAGUCCGUUCAACCGUUCAAGCUUGAAUUCGAGCGGCUCGACUGGCAAAAGGUAGCCACAACCAUGCGGAAGGGUGACUUCGUGUUCCUUGCCGGCGACGCUGCCCACACACACUCCUCUGGCUUCGGCCAGGGUAUGAACACGGGAAUUCACGACGCCAUUAACCUCUCCUGGAAGCUCGCUGGAGUUCUUAGAGGAUGGUAUCAGACUUCAGUGCUCGAUACAUACUCCAAGGAGCGCCGUGCCGUCGCGCAAAAGGUCAUUGAUAUUGACAAGAACCUGGCGGCUGUGAUGUCUGGCGACGUGCCCGAGACGUGGAAUGGAUGCAGCGGCAAACCCGAGCCGAGCAAGGUGCUGGCCGACAUAUUGACGUCCAACGCCAGCUUCAACCUUGGUCUCGGCGUCAGCUAUGGGCCCUCCGUUCUGGUCGACAAGGCCACUACCGGCAGUUUGGCCGUUGGUCAUCGCUGUCCUGACAUUCUUCUCAGAUCACCUGGCCCGUCUGUUCCCAUUCGCCUGCAGAGCAUCAUCCACAAGAAUACUGGGCAGUGGAACAUGCUCGUAUUUGCUGGUCGCCCUGGUCAGCAGACAGCAGAGGUGGUUGCACUUCGUGAGACUCUCCAGUCUCUCAACCUGGUCAAUAAAUACGCCCAGAUGUUGAGCUUCACGACCAUUGUCACUGGUAAGAUUACUAGCACGUGGGAUGUGUUUGAUGGACUUCCUGCUAGUUUGGUGCUCUGUGAUGUCGACGGACAGGGACACAAUACCUUUGGAAUCUCAGCCAGAAGCGGUGGUAUUGUUAUCUUACGCCCAGACGGCAUCCUGGCUGGCAUUUACCCGGUCGAGAAUGUGCAGGAUGUGGGACUUUUAUUCAACAAUUUUUGGUCUGGUAGCGCCAAGACACUCCCUCAUGUUUGA